GUUGGAUCGCUCAGGCCUCCUGCCGAAGCUCGGCCAGGCUGGAGGCAGGUCCCCAAGUCUCCGGGCAUCAGGGCGCAGCCCGAGAGUCCAAAAGCGGGCGGGCGGGCAGGCGGCCGGACGGCCGGACAGACUGGCUCACUGGCUGCCUAUUUGGCUUGCUGUGUUCUGUGUUGGCCAUGGCUGCUAGUUCCCAACAGGAAAUCUUGGUGGCUGAGCGAAUUUGUGGCCCAGGAAGUAGCAACUAAGUGCCUGGGAUGCUGACUGGAGGCGGGUGCGUGCUCUGAGGUCCCUGAGCAGCCCUGCGCACCAUGGACCCGGAUCCCCAGGCGGGUGUGCAGGUGGGCAUGCGUGUGGUGCGCGGCAUGGACUGGAAGUGGGGCCAGCAGGACGGUGGCGAGGGCGGCGUGGGCACGGUGGUGGAGCUCGGCCGCCACGGCAGCCCCUCGACCCCCGACCGCACGGUUGUCGUGCAAUGGGACCAGGGCACCCGCACCAACUACCGCGCAGGCUACCAGGGCGCACACGACCUGCUGCUCUACGACAAUGCGCAGAUUGGCGUCCGCCACCCCAACAUCAUCUGCGACUGCUGCAAGAAGCAUGGGCUGCGGGGCAUGCGCUGGAAGUGCCGUGUCUGCUUCGACUAUGACCUCUGCACGCAGUGCUACAUGCACGGCAAGCAUGACCUCGCCCACGCCUUCGAGCGCUAUGAGACGGCCCACUCGCGCCCUGUCACACUGAGUCCCCGCCAAGGCCUCCCAAGGAUCCCACUAAGGGGCAUCUUCCAGGGUGCAAAGGUGGUGCGAGGCCCCGACUGGGAGUGGGGCUCACAGGACGGAGGGGAAGGGAAGCCAGGCCGUGUGGUGGACAUCCGUGGCUGGGAUGUGGAGACAGGCCGGAGUGUGGCUAGCGUGACAUGGGCUGAUGGUACCACCAACGUGUACCGUGUGGGCCACAAGGGCAAGGUGGACCUCAAGUGUGUGGGCGAGGUAGCCGGUGGUUUCUACUACAAGGAGCACCUCCCGAGGCUUGGCAAGCCGGCAGAGCUGCAGCGCAGGGUGAGUGCUGACGGCCAGCCCUUCCAGCAUGGGGACAAGGUCAAGUGUCUGCUGGAUAUAGACAUCCUGAGGGAGAUGCAGGAAGGCCACGGUGGCUGGAACCCCAGGAUGGUGGAGUUUAUUGGACAGACGGGCACCGUGCACCGCAUCACGGACCGCGGAGAUGUGCGUGUGCAGUUCAACCAGGAGACCCGCUGGACCUUCCACCCUGGGGCUCUCACCAAGCACAACUCCUUCUGGGUUGGUGAUGUGGUCCGGGUCAUCGACGACCUUGACACAGUGAAGCGACUGCAGGCUGGCCAUGGCGAGUGGACGGAUGACAUGGCUCCUGCCCUGGGCCGCAUCGGGAAAGUGGUGAAGGUGUUUGGAGAUGGGAACCUGCGUGUGGCAGUUGGUGGUCAGCGGUGGACCUUCAGCCCCUCUUGCCUGGUGGCCUACCGUCCAGAGGAGGAUGCCAACCUGGAUGUGGCUGAGCGUGCCAGGGAGAACAAAGGCUCGCUGAGCAUGGCCCUGGACAAGUUACGGUCCCAGAAGAGUGACCCGGAGCACCCAGGGAAGCUGGUGGUGGAGGUGGUACUAGGCAACGUGGCCAGGGCUCUGGACCUGCUGCAGAGGCACCCAGAGCAGGUAGAUACCAAGAACCAGGGCAGGACCGCCCUGCAGGUGGCUGCCUGCCUGGGCCAGGUGGAGCUGGUGCGGCUGCUGCUGCAAGCAAGGGCAGGCAUGGACCUACCAGAUGACGAGGGCAACACCGCGCUGCACUAUGCGGCUCUGGGGAACCAGCCCGAGACCAUCCGGGUGCUCCUGAGCGCGGGGUGCAAGGCAGACACCCUCAAUGGCACGCGCAACACGGCACUGCAUGUGGCUGUGCAGAGGGGCUUCCUGGAGGUGGUGAGGGUCCUGUGUGAGUGCGGCUGUGACGUCAACCUGCCUGAUGCUCAUGCCAACACACCUCUGCACUCUGCCAUCUCGGCGGGUGCCGGCGCCAGUGGCAUUGUGGAGGUCCUCACAGAGGUGCCAGGCAUCGACGUCACUGCCACUAACAGCCAGGGCUUCACGCUGCUGCACCACGCGUCCCUCAAGGGCCAUGUGCUAGCCGUCAGGAAGAUCCUAGCACGGGCACGGCAGCUGGUGGAUGCCAAGAAGGAGGAUGGCUUCACCGCGCUGCACCUGGCGGCCCUCAACAACCACCGCGAGGUGGCCCAGAUCCUCAUCCGGGAGGGCCGCUGUGACGUGAACGUGCGCAACCGGAAGCUCCAGUCCCCGCUGCAUCUGGCUGUGCAGCAGGCCCACGUGGGGCUGGUGACUCUGCUGGUGGACGCCGGUUGCAGCCUCGACACCGAGGACGAGGAGGGGAACACAGCCCUGCACGUGGCGCUGCAGCGUCAUCAGCUGCUGCCGCUGGUGGCUGACGGGGCCGGGGGGGACCCAGGGCCUUUGCAGCUGCUGUCCAGGCUCCAGUCCUCGGGCCUCCCGGGCAGCGCGGAGCUGACGGUGGGCGCGGCCGUCGCCUGCUUCCUGGCCCUGGAGGGCGCCGACGUGAGCUACGCCAACCACCGCGGCCGCAGCCCGCUGGACCUGGCCGCCGAGGGCCGCGCACUCAAAGCCCUGCAGGGCUGCGCCCAGCGUUUCCGGGAGCGACAGGUGGGCGGGGACGCGGCCCCGGGCCCCCGGCACGUGCGCAGCACCCCCAACACCAUGACGAACCUGCACGUGGCCGCCACGGCGGGGCCCGAGGCCGCCGAGUGCCUGGUGUGCUCGGAGCUGACGCUGCUCGUGCUGUUCUCGCCCUGCCAGCACCGCACCGUGUGCGAGGAGUGCGCGCGCAGAAUGAAGAAGUGCAUCAGGUGCCAGGCGGUCAUCGGCAAGAAGCUGCGCCCAGACGGCUCGGAGGUGGCGAGCGCCGCGCCCGCGCCCGGGCCGCCGCGGCAGCUGGUGGAGGAGCUGCAGAGCCGCUACCGGCAGAUGGAAGAGCGCAUCACCUGCCCCAUCUGCAUCGACAGCCACAUCCGCCUCGUGUUCCAGUGCGGCCACGGCGCCUGCGCGCCCUGCGGCGCCGCGCUCAGCGCCUGCCCCAUCUGCCGCCAGCCCAUCCGCGAGCGCAUCCAGAUCUUCGUGUGAUCCCGCGACGCCCCCGCCCAGCCACGUCCUCGUCCGCGGCCGCCGCGAGCCCCCGCCCUGCGUUUUAUAAAGAGAUUCGCGGAC